CGCCGCGUCCGACCGCAAGCGACCCGCAAUAAACCUCCGCCACAGCCAGGGAAAGAAACUUCGACAUUUCGGUUUUGGGCGAGUUCCGGCCAGUGAAGUAGACCCAUGGCUGACAGGGAUGACGGGCAUGGGCAGGAAGAUCGUGCGGAGAAUAUGGAGGAGGAGGUGGAGGGUGACAUUGGUCGAGGGGGAGCUGACGGAGGCGCAGGAGGAGGCGGCCGCGAGCAGGAUGUCGAGGCCAUCGAGGAGGACGUGGCCCGAGGUGGCCAGGGACCCCCUCCUCAGGGCCAAGGGGCGCCGCCCUUGCUCGUGAUGGACGAAGAGGAGCUGCCGCAGGAGUUGGUCCUGAUGGAGGAGGUGGAAAUUGAGGAAAUUUCAGAUGAAGACAGUUGGGCACAGUAUGAGAGUUGUGAGGAAUCCGAUGGGGGCAAUGGCAGUGGUGGAGAGGACAAUGGAGAACAGUUCGAUGCAACACUCCCUUCCAGACAUGUUUACCUUGGUGAAACCCAGGAACUCAGGGGCCGCACAGUCCAAGAUGAAAAUGACUACGUGACAAUACCUCUGCUACUGCACAACUCCCUCAUGAACCUUGUGCUCAUACCCACACAGACUCUUCCCAUGACCAUCUUCCAUCCCCUACAUGUGUCCAUGUUGCGAAACGUCAUUGCCAAGGACCGCACUUUUGGCAUUGUUCACACCAAACUCAAUCAAGAUGGAAACUCUGAGAUGGCACGCUAUGGCACCACAGCUGAGAUAUAUGAGUACCAAGAAGAGGAGCUUACUGGAGCCCUGACUAUCAAGGCAAAAGGGAGGCAAAGGUUCAAGGUUAUGUCAACAAGACAAGAGACAAGUGGAUUAAUUGUUGCAAGAGUAAAGAUCUUACCAGAGAUCCGAAUGGAAUGCCCUUUUGAGAUGGUGCGUCUUCGAUCACUAGACAAACUUACUCUACCUCGCCCACAAGAAGACAAGCCCUAUGUUGCACAUUCUCGUGACUUAGUAACUGUGAGGACAGCAAACAGCUGGCUUGUAAGGGGAAGAAAUGCAUGGCUGACACCUUGGCCAUCCUGGGUUUAUAACCAGUAUGAUGAUCUCUUGCUUGCCCAAAGACUUGUCAAUGAAAUAAAGAAGACCACCAUGAUACAACCUAACUUGCUGAAAUUACCCCGAGACCCUCAGGAAUUGUCUCACUGGGCAGCCAUCAACCUCCCACUUGAUGAUUCCCACAGACUCACCCUUCUUGGUCUUAACACACCAACACAACGUUUAAGAUACAUACUGUCUGUUAUCAGUAAGUGUAAAAUGUUGAUUUGUGUUCGCUGCAAUGAAGUGAUUGGUGACACAGCAGAUAUAUUCUCUAUGUCUGUGGAGGGACCUCAGGGAACUUUUGUUAAUCCUGGAGGUUAUGUUCACGAAAUGUUAACUCUUACCAAGGCCACUAAUCUCACUUACAAUGGGCGACCAUCCAUACAGCACUCAUGGUUUCCAGGGUAUGCGUGGACCAUUGCCAAUUGCUCAAGCUGUCACAGUCACAUGGGAUGGAAAUUCAAGGCAACAAACCGGAAAUUGAAGCCCCAGAAGUUUUUUGGUCUUACACGAAAGGCAGUUAGAGCUAAGCUGUUUUGGGAAGGUGAUGAGGGGGGAAAUGAGACUUGUGAUAUGGGCAUUACUUCAGGUUGAUUGAAGCAUUUCGUGCAAACUUAACAGAUGCAGCACGUAAGGAAGGGAAUCAUAACAUGGAUACCAAGUUAAGAUUUAUUAUUAUAUAACUUUCUCUGUGUAUAGGAGUAUUUCUUGAUUGUUAUAUUGUUUAAACUCAGAAUAGUUUUCUGUGGCACAUUGUGUAAUGGUGUCUACACUUUACAUGCAAAUAUAGUAAGUUUCAUCAUAGCAUAUAUUGUAGUGUAAUACAAUAUAUCAUACCAUUAUCAUAUGUAAGACCUUGAAAUAUUUAAACUUUUUCUCAGCAGUGUUAUGAAGGGUUGUAAUAUUAAUCAAUAUCUAGUCAUAAGACUCAAGUGAACUAUAUAGCCACACAAUGUUUAGAUGCAGCAUUUGUGUUCAGAAUUUUAUUACAGUUGGGUGGAAAAGUCAUGAUGUUGAAAUAUGCCCAUUCACUGUUUUCUUGUUUAUGAUAUUAAUUCAUUUUUAGACUUCUUUGUUCCCUUACGUAAUUUGGUGUAUUUUUUCAAGCUUUCCAUUUCACUUAGUAGUUUCAGAUUCCUAUUUUAAUCAGUGGGAAUAUACUUGUAGUACCUUUUAUGAAACUGUUUUAAAAAGCCUUGACAGCAAAAGACAAAUACUCUCCCAGAAACAGUGAAUGGUGCCAAAGGUAUGGAAAGUGUCAAAUGAUAGUCUAUAGUGAAGGUUUUACAGUUGGUAAUAGACAAGGGAAAUCAAAUUGUCAAAUACUGUAUUGCAAGUCUUAUAGGCUGGUUAUAUACUGUACAUAAUUUAUGUAGCAGUGAACAGUGAAGUGAUCUUAUAACUCUUUAUUUUAAAAGGCUUUGCCACUUGUGUUUUGGUCAGACAAAAUUGAUUUUUUUGUUGCUAUGCUAUGCUAGUUGCUGUAAGAGAUAACUUGUGACUUUUUGGCUUAAUCAGCAAAUGUGGAUAUUAUUAUGCCGUAUGUUGUCACAGUUCUUUGCUUCCCUUCUCUCUUUAUGUUUUCAUUAUCUUACGAGAUUUACUAUUUAUCUUAUGUAGGUGAUAGUAGUGUCAUAAGUAUUGUGAUAAUUCUUUCUGUUGAUUUUCAUAGUCAGUAGACCCGUUGUAAAUGAUUGUAAUCAUUUUGAUAUUAUUUAAGCCUAUUUUAGUUUGGAUGGUUUUGAGGUUUAUAUCAUUAUAAGCAUGCCCAUUAUUGUUUGUGAAUGGAGUACCCAAUAUGUAAAUUUGAGUGGCAACACAGCAACCUAUUAAAGGAAGUGGGAGGGUUAUUUCAUUUGGAUUGCUUGGUGGAAGGGAAUUAUGCUUCUCUCUCUCUCUCUCUCUCUCUCCUCUCUCUUGUUUUCUCUCUCUCUCUCUCUC